AUGGCGCUAUACGGGACUUCCGACGCCUUGAUGUGUAGGACGUUCCCAACGACCCUACGGGGGCCGGUCCGCGCGUGGUACAGCAGCCUGAAACCCGGGACCGUCGCCUCCUUCGACCAACUUACCAAAGACUUCGAGCUUAACUUCUUGGCUUACGCUCGGCCAAAGCCGUCCAUGGCGUUGCUCCUCGGGCUCAACCAGAGGGAGGACGAGCCCCUCUCCCAUUUUGUGAACCAUUUUACAACCCAAAUUCGGGGACUAUCGAACGCUCACCCCUCUCUGUUGAUGCAGGCGUUCAUGACAGGCCUGCGGCCUUCCAGGUUCUUUUGGUCUCUCAUGGAGCGGCCCCCCGCCGCGGCCCCCGAGAUGCUUCAGCGCGCUAGCCAGUUCAUCGCCGCGGAGACAUGGAUGGCUGGGAAGCGGGAGGACCACAAAAAGGUCAAGUCGGAGCCGCCCCGACAGCAGCAACCCGUCGCGUCCCGGCGUAAGCUGGACAAAUCCGACCCAAGGCCUCCCCUCCCCGCCUCGAAUUCGUCCCGAACAGAAAUAUUUCUCCAUGAGAAGGGGAAGGGGCUACUCAAGGAUCCUCACACGAUGAAGAACCCGCGAGAGCUCGCGAACCGUUCAAAAUAUUUCCGCUUCCAUCGGCAGCAUGGACAUGACACUGAACAGUGCCGUGAAUUAAAAGGGCAAAUUGAGGAGCUCAUUCACAAAGGGCAUCUCGGCCAGUACCUCCGGCCGGACAGACAGCUAUCACCACGCUCGGAAGGCCCCAUCGAGCGACACAUCGACGUGAUAGCUGGCGGUCCCGCAUCAGGGGGGGCUCCAUGUCGGGAAGAAAGGCAUACGCCCGAGCCGCCUCGGACGAAGCCCCCGGACACGGGCCCGAGCCCGAGAUUACAUUCCCGACCGGAGUAUCCGAGCAACCCGAGCACGACGACGCUCUCGUGA